AGUAGCGCUACCUGUCAUGUACGUAUGACCUUUACUCCUCCAUAGUUAAGCCAGUUUAGUAAAAUUAUGGCUGCAACUUCCAGAGUAGUCUGUUUGCCUUGGAUGAGGCAUUUCUCCACUUCCACUGCAACUUAUACAAAGCUCAUACAGCCUCCAAUUGCAGUAUUUGGAAUUGAAGGACGAUAUGCUACAGCUAUUUACUCUGCAGCAGCAAAAGAAAAAAAACUUGAUGCAGUAGAAGGAGAGCUAAAAAAAAUUAAGUCUUUGAUGCAGAAGGACAUGAACCUGGCUGAGUUCAUCGCUAAUCCUUUGAUCAAGAUAUCUCUUAAAAAAGAUGGCCUUGCCAGUGCUUUACAGAAGCAAAAAUUUAGUAGUUUGACCAUUAACCUGAUUGGUGCCAUGGCUGAAAAUCGCCGUUUGAAUAAGCUUGAUUCUGUUAUCAAUUCUUUUAGCCGAAUUAUGAGUGCUCAACGAGGAGAAGUCGCCUGUGAAGUAAUUACUGCAAAACCUUUGGAUACUGCAACAUCAAAGGACUUAGAGACAGCUUUACAAGGAUUUCUGAAGAAAGGGGAGACACUUCUGAUGCAGACAAAGGUUGAUCCUUCUAUCAUUGGAGGAAUGAUUGUCAGUAUUGGUGACAAAUAUGUUGAUAUGUCAAUGGCAACGAAGAUAAAGACUUAUAAUCAGCUUAUUAAAGAAGCAAUUUAAAUAUUAUCAAGCACAGUUGAACUUGACAGUAGGAAAGAAAUGUAGUUAAUACAGAUGAUCAGACAGAAUUUGCAAUUUUAAAUGUUGUAAACAGUAGAUAAUAAAGGAAACGUAAAGGUGGAAAGAAUAUGCAAUGUAGCUAACUUUGUUCAGAGGUUCAAGUUAAAGGAGUAAAUGGUUUGAUAUUCA